AUGGUCACAGCGCUGCCCCACUUCCGUGGCAAGAGCAAGACGUUCAUUAAGAGGGCGGAUGUGAUCCUGGAGGUGGAGGGUGUAGGCUUCCUAGCGCACACCGAUGUGCUGCUGAUGCAGUGCGGCACGGUGUUUGAGGGGCUCUGCCGGGAGUUCCUGCAGGAGGGCGCUGAUGGCGAGGCGGGACCCAGCAACGGCGGCCGCAAGCGCCAGCGGGGCACGGGCACCAGCGCCAGGGCCCAGCUGCCGACGCUUGUGCUCAGCAGCAAGCAGCCAGGCACCAGGGCUACGGCGCGUAGCAAGGCACCGGGCCCCAGCAUCAUAACUCCCAAAAGCUUCCAGCUCUUCCUGAACCACCUGUAUGACUGGGACGCAGAGAUUGCCUCGGAGGAGGACGCCAUUGACCUGCUUGCGGUGGCGGACUUCUUCGGCGCAGACGCGCUGAAGAUCGCCUGCGACCAGACCCUCAGCAAGAUGGCUGUGUACAGGCAGCCUGGCCCUUUCUACAGCCGAGGCGCGCCUCCCAAGGUGGAGCAUGUCGAGCUGGCGUCUCGGUACCGCCUGCCCCAGCUGAUGGCCAAGGUGGCGACGUCGCUGGCGGCCUGGAUGCACCACCAGGACAAGAUUCAGGCAAUGGACAGCACCGUGCGCGACGUGAUGCUGGGCAGGCUGUGCGAGUUCUGCUCGCUUCUGCCCGAGAGCGACUUUGCGACGGCUGUGGCGGAGGACCUCAUCUCCAAGAAGUGGCACCAGGGCUGA